AUGAUUAAAUCGGAUUCGUUUGAAAAUGCAACAAUCUCGCUUUCGCUCCAAGGAUCUGGGAGAAAAAGAAAAAGGCCACCGUCACGCAAGGAUAAUAAGUGCCGAGGGAAAAAUUUAAACAUGAUGAUAAAGGCUAUCGGAGACCUCUGCGAGAACUGCAUGUCUACGUCGGCCAAAAACUUGUCGGGUGACCUGGAACCACUGUAUCAAUGUGCAGGCCAUUGUGGGKUUUCGUUACAUCGUUCAUGCUUGACAGCUUUUUAUGGAUCUAGGGCUGAAUUGCUAAAAGUUGGUUCUCAGUGGUUCUGUUACGAUUGUGGGACAUGUGCAUCGGAACCGCCAUGCUCAGUAUCUGCAGGACGUGUUGAUGGAAGUAAUCACAAAAUAUAUUGCGAAACAUUAUGUCGAAUUGGAAAACUAUUUUUGGAUGUUAAAACUCUGGAUUAUGGCGUUGAACCGUUCCGUUUUUAUAUUCUGACAAAAAAUGAUUUUGCCGGUAGCCAUUUAGUUGGUUAUUUUUCAAAAUCGAAACAYAGGGAGAACAAUUUUAACGUGGCUUGCAUCAUGGUCAUGCCACAAUAUCAAAGAAAAGGGUACGGGCGACUUCUAAUUGAAUUCAGUUAUCUCUUAUCUAAAAUCGAAAAACAGCCUGGAACACCAGAAACACCCCUUACCGACUUUGGUCAAAAGUUGUACAAUUCAUAUUGGAAAAGUGUUAUAUUGGAAUAUUUAGAUAAAUACACAAAUAAUGCCAAUACAUGUAUCAAUCAUGUUAUCAGUAAAACAGGUUUAAUGGCACAAGACAUCAUCAAUACCUUAAAUUCUCUGAAMUUUGUUGUGGAAAUAUUUAACACAACUACAAUAUGUAUUAACUGGGAUAUUGUAGAUGCUCAUAUGCAGAGAAAAAUAAAGUUAAAAAAGGUUCAUAUCAACCCAAAAAAAUUAAAUUGGACACCUCCAACCAAAUCAUAA